GCUUCCUUGGUGAUGGAAUCUCAUGUUUCCCAGUGCGCUCUUGUCGCUCUGAUCCAACUGUAUGUCAUAGCGAUGCCCUUUGCUUACCUUCCGGACAAUGCCUCUGCAAACAUGGGUAUCGGGGAAAUGGCUAUGAUUGCAGUCCUAGUAAUUACACCUUUAUUACGACAUGAGCUAAAUGAAGUAGCAAAUUCGUGCAACAACAAAUGCGAUAAAGAGACGGAAUUGUGUAUUGACGGUCAAUGCGUAUGUAAGCAUGGAUACGAAAAGCAUGGAAAUGGAAAAUGUGAAGACGUGAAUGAGUGCUUCUUCUCACCAUGUCACCAUAUGGCAACCUGCACUAACACCCCUGGUUCAUUCAUCUGCACUUGUCCUGAUGGCUACGCUGGUGACGGAAAGACUUGUAUUCAACAUUUGAAAAUCGGAGAACUUGGUGUAUUCUGUGAACCCGAUGGAAUGACACUCGUGCUUGGAAAUGAGACAACAGCGUUUGAGGGAAGAAUUUUUGUCCGCGGACAGGCCGAGAACCCACACUGUGCGAAGACUUUCUCUGCACUCCAACAUGCUUCCAAGCCUUACAUGUUCAAAGUUCCAUUUGAGCAUUGCAACGUCCGAUUGGAAGAUCAGGAUACCUUUGCUACCACUGUUAUCGUACAAAAACACCCAAUGUUCAUAACGACAGCCGCUGAUGCAUACGAUCUAAGAUGCACUUAUCCAGUGGGAGUCAGAGAGGUUGAGUCACACGUGAACGUUUCUGAAUUGACGACAUCUUCUACCCUUACGGAUAAUGCACAUGGACCAAUUUGCAAGCUGACUGUUACCAACGAGGCCGAUGAAAGUAUCUCAGCUGCUGUUGUUGGGCAAGCUCUUCGUUUGCGACUAGAAGAGGGCUUGAAAGGGAAGAGAAUUCCUUCGGUAUAG